AAGUACAUCAACGUGAUACAUACUAAAGAAACAGUGAAGUUCAAAGAUAUACAAGUAACCAUGCCAAUUAAAGACAAAAAUCAUGAGCUUUCAAGGAUACAAUCUGGUGUAUAUGAAAACAAUAUAAAUGAAUCACCAAAUCUGAUUGAACAAGAUGGAAUAGCAGAUGAUAUUCUUCAGUAUGAGGAUUCCCUUGAUGAUAUGAAUACAGCUGAGGGACACAUAACUAAGAAACAGUCAGAGAAACUGAUUCUACUCUAUAAUUCAUUCUGGGAUGAGAAGGGAUGGGAGGUUGGACUCGGGAAGGAACCAUUUAAGAGAUUGUCAUGCCCAGUAAGGAAUUGUAAGAUAACAGAUGACAAAAUGUUGUUAAGUCAAAGUGAUGCAGUUGUGUUUCAUAUACAACAGCUAGGGAAGUUACCACCAGUAAAGAACAAUCAUCAAAAAUGGGUUUUCUUUAUGUUGGAAUGCCCUGAAUGGUCAAAGAAUUACAACUACAAAUCUGAACUUUGGAAUAGAAAAUUUGACUGGACCAUGACAUAUAGAACAGACUCUGACAUACGCCUCCAUUAUGGACAGGUUGAUAUGGUAACCAGUCCUGUCCAGCAAGAAGUAAAAAACUAUACAUCCAUAAUUGAAUCUAAGAUGGGUGAUGUUGCUUGGAUUGUAAGCAACUGUGACACAGCAAGUAGAAGAGACCAGUAUGUCAAAGAAUUGCAGAGAUAUAUAAGUGUCGAUGUAUACGGCAAAUGUGGUAACCUCACAUGUCGGAAAGAUUGGCGAGGAUCAGAUAAGGCCUGUUUGGAAAUGAUCAACAAAAAAUACAAAUUUUAUAUCGCUUUUGAAAAUAGUUUCUGCACUGAUUACGUCACAGAAAAAUUCUUUAAAAUACUACCCCUUGAUGUUGUUCCAGUUGUAAGAGGAGGUGCGGAUUAUUCAAGAUUUGCCCCGGAGGGAUCUUACAUUGAAACAUCAAAAUUUGAAUCCCCAAAAGAUCUUGCAUCACAUCUUAAGUAUUUAAUAAAGAACCCUGAUGAGUAUAUCAAAUAUCUAAGAAUUAAAGAGAGAUUCAAAGCAACUGCUUAUUUCGGACCAGGAAAGCUCCCGUCCUGGUGUGACUUAUGCCAAAAACUACACGAAGACACUACGACUGGGAAAUCUUAUAAACACAUUGAAGAUUGGUGGAGUAGGAACCACUGCCACAAACCAAAUGAUUUAGAUUUUCUUGUGAAGUAAAUAUGGCAAUUUGUGAUCCAUUACCUGCUCUAUACCUUGGAGUACAGGCUCAAGCAUAAAAGAGGGACACUUCUAAAUUGGAAUGUAUUAUAUGCGUGUACACAUUUUACAUAUUGCUACAUGCACAAAUAAAAUAUAUUAAGUUAGAUCCCAACAUAAGAAUU